AAAAAAUAUUUUUUUUAUUAGUUUUUACUUCUACUAAAUAAAUUUUACACCAUAUAUUAAUUGCUCAAAGAGCAAAAUGCCCAAGCAGCCAACGCGUGAAAAAAAAGUUCGGAAAAACCCAAUUCUUCCCGAUUGGGACGAACUUCGUAAGCAAGUUGUGCCGUACACCUUCGUCGAAGCAAGACGCUUAAAAAUUGACAUAUACGAUGCACUAACUCAAGAACUCUACGAAAAUGGAUCAGUUAUGGGAGGACUAUUACUUUCAUGCCUUAUAAUGAAAGAACAAAAAUUAUACGAAGGUCAAGCCAUACACCUACGUUUCAAAGAUAAACGGAAGUUCCUCAUUGAAUUUUUCUUUAAUCUUAGAGAUGGUGAGGGUGCGCUUGCAACUGACAGAGAGAAAGGAAUGGAAGUAUGUGCCAGAAAUAUGUAUCGUAUCAUCAAACUUUUUGAAGCAAAUUUGAGAAGCUAUGAGUGGGCCUUUAGUGAUGUAUUGUCGUACGCUUUCAAAAUGUGCUUGCCAUUUGAUGGCAAAAUGAAAAACCACGAAAAUUUAGUACGUGUUUUUUAUAAAUUCGGAAGAUAUUUCGGAGAAAAAUGUGUUCAUAUGGACUUUUGCUCGACUGUUUUGGAAAGAGCGCAAGUUAUUUGCCGUGGUGAAGAUUGGCUUUCGGAUGAGAUAAUCAAUGUAGAGUUUGACAUAUUUUGUAGUCUACAUAAGGAUGUGGCUUAUGCUACCGCAAAUCUAUUAAUUUCACUGGGUAGGCAAACGGAAGACGCUGUUGAAGCCACUAGUUAUGGUGCUAAAGCAGUUAGCGCUAUAUCAGAGAUUGGUAGAUACAUGCAUAAGGCACAAUAUUGUCGUACUACACUUGAUUACGUUGACAUACUAACAAAUCACAACUACCUCGAUGAUGCUUUAGCUUCACUAAGCAGAAUAGAGAACGACGUUAGAUAUUUUAGUGAUCUGGAAUUCGAUAUUUUGUGGGCACGGUUCAAUUACGAAAAAGGCAGAGUUUACACGUAUAAAAACAUUUCCGAACUGGCAUUGAAAACACUACACAUUGGACUGGAGAAGGCUCAUGAAUUAAAUUUAAAUGAUUUGGAAAUUAAAGGACUUAAAUUAGUGGGUGAAAAUUAUGGGUAUUUGCAGGACUGGAGACGAGCCAGACAAACAUUUGAUAGAGCACGUACUUUAGCCAAUGAGAUCGGUGAUACUUACAGCAAAACCUUAAUGUAUUUCUUAUCAGCAAAUUUAAUAAAACAGCAAUUUAUGGCUCAUUCUAAACUUCUAGUGAAGAGCCGUCGUAGAUAUAAUCCAAUAGCUUUUCAUAUAUUCACCGAAUGGAAAUUUAAAUCAAUUUCUUUCUGGCAUUACUACAGUGUAAAUGAUUUGAAAGAAUUAAUGGGUAAUAGUGAUUGCAUAAUUGAUGAAACAAGGAUCUACAGAAGGCUGAGGCGUACCUUAUCAUCUAGGGGCACUAAAUCAUACUAAAAUUGAAAUUUCAUUCAUAUUUUUAUAAAGUUAAUUGUUUAAUGUAGAAACAAUAGAAAUUUUAUUUUUGCUUUAGAGAUUUCUCAUAAAGACAAACCAAAGUUAAAGAUUAAAAAUUAUGUU